GGGUGUGGGGCCUGGCUGGGCAAGGCAGAAGGAAGGGGUUGCUGUUGGGAAGGGAGCAAGAAUGGAGGGGUGGUGAAGACGCGCGGCGGGAGGCGCAGACGGGCCGUCGCGGGAGGUGUGACGCGGACCGGCCGUCUCCUGUAGGCCCUGGAGUCGCCGGUGCUAUCCCACGAAGCUCUUUGGGGCCAGAAAUAGCGUCUUGACCAAAAGGGAAAACCAGUUGCAAAUCGAAAUUGAUUAGUCUACCAAAAUGUAAGCGGUCAGCUGCAACGUAACCCCUCUAGCUAUGAGUUAUACCUAAGGUUGGGGGUAUUUAUUAAUAUAUUCUUUACAUUAUUUGGGGCGGGGCAUCCGCAAGUCAAGGCCUUAGGGCCCUCGAAGAUCUCCCCCGGACCUUGGACUGAGGAGGAGGGUUUUGGGUGGAGGUUAAACACUUUAAGAUGAGAAAAACUGAACUCUGUCUGAGCUCUGAAGGGUCCGAAGUGAUUUUAGCUACAUCAAGUGAUGAAAAACACCCACCUGAAAAUAUCAUUGAUGGGAAUCCAGACACAUUUUGGACCACUACAGGAAUGUUUCCCCAGGAGUUCAUUAUUUGUUUCCACAAACAUGUAAGGAUUGAAAGGCUUGUAAUCCAAAGUUACUUUGUACGGACCUUGAAGAUUGAAAAGAGCACAUCUGAAGAGCCAGUUGAUUUUGAGCAAUGGAUUGAAAAAGAUUUGGUACACACAGAGGGGCAGCUUCAAAAUGAAGAAAUUAUGGCACGUGAUGGCUCCGCUACUUACUUGAGAUUCAUUAUUGUAUCAGCCUUUGAUCAUUUUGCAUCUGUACAUAGCGUUUCUGCAGAGGGAACAGUAGUUUCAAAUCUUUCCUAGUAAUUAUUACAAAAUGCUCUUACAUGAUUUUUUAACAACAUAUUUAUUUAAACAGAAAGCUGUCAUUGAUAUACUUUAUUAAAAGGAUUUGUAUCAAUUUG